AUGUCUACUCAGUCCAGUGCCGACCCCUCUAGUUCUCCCCCCACGAUCAUAGCGCACGACCUCGGAUUGGCCUCGGAUGGUCUUACAAAACGUCCAGGGAGCAAAGGUGACUUUGCCGAAAAGCAUCCUGUUAUCGAUAAUCAGGAAGAGUUCAUUGAGGAGGGAUCGAAGCCUACCUAUGAUCAUACUCAUCGCAAGCUAAAACCCAGACAUGUUCAGCUGAUUGGCAUUGGCGGUACAAUUGGUACAGCGCUUUAUGUCCAGAUUGGUCAAACAUUGGCGAAAGGAGGCCCUGGAAGUUUAUUCCUGGCAUUUACUCUGUGGUAG